CAACGGGUCCGGUUACCUUCAGAAAUACGUGCUGUGCAUUAAAGCAGCUCUGAGGAUGCCUGGCGGCGCUGCUGGUUGUCUGAGCCCGUGUUCAUUGACACGUUUGGGUCUGCCGCUCCAGGGACGUGUGAGCCCCGGUGAGACGGAGACCUGCCGGCAUGUGUGAACAUAGCGGCGGGGAAGGUGUGGACGGGGACGCGGGCGACUGCUUUUCCCAGCUGCUGUCUGCGGACCGCAAGCAGGCGCGGCGGACAGUGGCAACUGUAGUUUUGGAGUUGCACCGGGACAAGGAGAAAUUAGUUCGAACUUUCCUGGGAUAUCCCAGCAAGCGGCAGGUCCUGUUGACCCUCUACGGCUUCCUGGACUCGGGAGAGACACGCCUGUGCAGUGAUGUGGCAUAUGUACUGGGCACCAUUGCAGAAAGUGAGGCUGGUGCACAGUGUUUGUUGACGACUGCACAAAGGCAGCCACAGGAGUCUGGUGACCUGCUGGGCAACCUGAACGCCAUGUUAAAGUGGACGGAUGAUGAGGCGGUGAUGAAUGCUGCAGGUGCACUCAGCACAAUGGCUGAGACCGUUGAAGGACGAAGGUGGCUACUGAAUGACACCCGCAUUGAGGAGAUCGUGAGCAAUGUGACAGCUCUGCUGGACAGUGUAAACGACUGGACAGCCAGCAAUGCUGCUCUAGUACUGGCAAGGAUCACAAUCUGUGAAUCUGGCUGCAGCAAGCUCCUGAAACACCCCCAACACACGCACACACUCAGCAAGCUGAUGGUGUCUCUGGGUGUUGAUGAGGCAGGCUGUGGAAUGAGCGCAGCUUUUGCUCUCGGGCGCCUCUGCAAUUUUGACGUUGGUUGCAAACAGAUACUCGACUUGGAAGAGGCUCCAGCUAUGAUUACAGCACUGGAGGAGAUGAUGUCACACGGGGACACAGGAGCGAACAAGAAUGCCUGCUUUGCCCUGAGCUGCCUAGCUGCAGAUAAGAAUGGCCACUCCCAUGUCUUGCUGAGCCCUGCCUUCCCACAAAUACUAAACUCCUUGUGCGUUUUACUGGAGUCACAAGAGCAGGAGUCAGCCUGGUUCGCUGCCAUGACGUUGAGAGUGUUGGGCAGCUAUCCGAAAGGGGUUAUCAAGCUGAGACACCACCCAAAAAUCUCAACCCUGUUAAAGACAAUGGCCUGCUCUCCCACUAUUGACAAGGAUCUGCUGGAGGAAGUGGACUUCACCUUGAGAAAGCUGCAGCCUAUCCCCAAGCCUUCAGCUCCUCAUGUAGACAUUCUGAGUGUCAACUCAAUCCAAAUCAGUUGGAAUAAGCUUGUCCUUGACAGUGGACUGGAGGCGAUGUACAGCUUGUUCGAAGGAGAGAGGCUACUUUAUAAAGGCACAGAUUGCAGUUUCAUCCUAACAGAUGUAAAAAUGAGUAAAGAAUAUGCUUUCAAGCUGCAUGUUUCAACUGAGGUCGAUGAUGGACUGUACAGUGACGUCACUAUGGCAACAGUGGAGGAGGCCGUACCAAGUCGCCCACGGGACUUUCGAGUGAUUGGCUGCACUCCAACACAGUUGAAGUUGGCCUGGUCUCCCCCAGCAGAGCCCAAUGGUGUCAUCAAGUGCUACAUGCUGUACAGAGGUGACAUGGCGAUUGAAACAACGUCAGAGCAGAGCUGUAUAGUGAGUGGACUCACGCCCUCCAAAACCUACGAGUUCCAUGUGUGCGCCUGCACCGGCAAAAGAAAGGGGGAGAGGUCCUCUCUUCACGCAAGCACCGCCGAUCCUGGUGACCAUGCACCUGGGAAACUGGCCCUCAGUGUCCUGGGACGCAAUGAGAUGUUCAUCACCUGGGACAUGCCGGAGGUGCCACUGGGACGCCUGUUCAAUUUUGAACUCAGCAUGAACGGGAAGGUGGUGUACCUGGGAGCUGACCGCUGCUUCACUGCCAGGCGCCUGACAGCGAACACGGAAUACAUCUGCACCGUCAGAGCCAUCACUAGCGAGGGGAAGUGUGAGAGCAAGCCCGUAACAAAGAGGACAGCCAAGGACGAGUAUAUAAAUACAACCCGAUGUCUUUACUCUCCAGCCCGCAGAAGUCAAUCAGUCGCUUCGCCUUCAACCAGAGAAGGAUCUGGCUUAUCUGAAGGACUCCAGAAGUCAAGAACCCAACCUGGAAUUCUUAAAGAACAGUUCCCUGGCAAAGCACCCAAAGGUCAUGACAUUUCUAGUAAAGGGAGCCUGAAAGGAACUCAAAAGCAGAACAGCACGGAAGUUCUUGCCAAAACUGUCACGCGACACAAGCCCCAAUUUUAAUGCUUGUGUGAAUAACUCCCAGGGGCUCUGCAGAAUUAUUUUUUAAUUGUGUAGUUGUGUUGUUGUACAUCAGAAGCAGAUUGGUAAUUUCAGUUCGUAGAAAUGUUGUAGCGUGCAUAUUUUAUCUUUGUAAACAUACAGUGGAAAAGCAGGUUCCAGCUAUGGAUGCAGAAGUGACACCACAAUCUUAGAUUGACAGCUGACUCUCCUGUUAGCUCUUCCAGUUUAAAGGAUUAAUACAACACCUUGAUGGACUCCCAGCUUUCAAUAAUGUCACUUCCCUUUUUAUCUAACUACUUACCUAAUGGAACAUUUCAGCUGGAGGGACAUUAUAGUGAAAGUGUGUCUUGUGCAAAAAAAAGUGCUGGAGGUGGAAGGUUAGCAUGGCUUGAUGGGAAUGUGGUGUUAAGAUUACAUCAAAUUCAUAUGUUCUUACUAAAUGGAAGAGAAAGCUUGAAGCGCUGCUGUUGUUUUGCUCCUAAUUCGUAUGCAAGACUCUUGUUAUUCAGCUUUGCCAAACGGGAAUGGUCAAUCUCAAACUCAGAGGAGCAGGAGAAAGAAGGGUUGCUUACGUGAGAUUGUCUAUAAAAUUUAAAAGCAUUAGGUUAGCAGGGGCGUGAGGAAGAAAUACUCACAAAUAAAACCAGGGGAAUCUGAAACUCCAUAUCUGAAAUGCUCACCCUCACCACAUUUAUUAAAUACACCGAUGAACACUUGAAAACCCGUAACCCAUGAGGCCAUAGAUUGGGAGCUUAGAAGAGGAAUUGGUCUAAUCAUUCUUCCUUCAGUGGAAAACUGCCUUCCCCGCUGUAUCUUUCUCUGAUGUCUUGAAAUACCGAAUCUUCUGAGUUUAAUAAGUAAUCCCCUUCCAUUGUCAUGAAAUCCAUUGCCAGGUGUUUAGCAUUGUUUGGAAAAAUUCAUCCAAAUCAGUUGGAAUGUUUUCUGUCUAUUUAUUGUGUCACCUGCUCUGAUUGGAGGGACAAGUGUUGAUCAGAAGUACUGAUAGGGGUGGGGGGAAGUGGGUUCAAAGUAUAGUUUUUAAUCAAAGUAAGGGUGAGGGCCUCCAUCAGUUUGAGUUGACUAUAGAUAUUGUGUCCUAGCUGUCUAGAUAUGCAAACCUGGGCGGUACGAUCUGGAGAGCAAGCUGUUGCCCUUGUAGCAAGCUCUCCUAUGUAUCUGAUGAAUGCAAAGGAACGGCAGGGAUCAAUACAGUUUGGCACCAGCAUCAUCACAGGAGUUGCCAGUCAGCACUGAACUCAAUGUAGGACUGCCUUAGGGACUCCAGCUACUCCCCAUGAGUGGCUAUAGCGCAAGGCAGCGGGGGGUUUGAGAUCACAGUUUUUCUUCUCCUACAUUCGCUGCCAACGAUGGCUGACAAACCUCAUCUGUCUGAAAUGACUAGUUUUAAGGUGCUAGUAAACCGCCUUUGCACCUUCUCCUGUCAGUACAAACAAUUCUGCCAGGCUUAGUAGCUAAACCACAUGUGAAGGCCAGGAGCUGGACUUGGUUGUCAGAGGCUAUUUGAGAUGCACACCAUUGAGAACAUUUAAUGGAUAGUGGGAACUUGCCCCCAUUAUCAACCCCAUCUAUAACAACCGUAAGGAAACAUUAUCAAAGUAUGUAUAAUAUAUUCAACCUUGUGAUUCGUCUCCUUACAGGCAGCCACAAAACAAAGAAAACCAUUAGAAUUCAUUAAAAAAAGAUGUAGCCCAAUGCACAGAAAAAAAUGUUGUGCAAACGAUAAAAGUGAGCAAAGAACGUUCAGACUUGAAGUUCAUGAAAGAGUCUGCAGCCUCAAAGCCAGUCAUCACCACAGGUGAUUUAGGAUUCCAUUAGUUGUAGGCCACAACCUUAAGAACCUCAUUAACUUUACUGAAGAGAAUUUACUCAAAGGCACAAAGAACAAAUAGUCAACAUGAUAAACUGCAUUCCCAAGAACAUUUUGAGAAAUUCUGAUUGAUAGUUGGCUGUUCAGUUAGCAUAGUAUAGUUUAUGCAAAUGUAAGAUUGGAAAUCUUUUUUUAUAUAUUUUAUAAUAUUUUAUUGCUGUAAUUUGGCACAGGCAAUACUUAGAAGUUUACAUGGUCAAAAAGUUUUUGUUAUAAAUAAACAUCCUUAAUGCUUUGCAAUAUUCUUCUAACACUGUGGUUUAAGUGCUACAUAAAGGACACAACAGGAUUGUCAGAGUUUAGUUACUGUCUUUGGCACUUCCUGUUCCCUGAAUGACAAAUGGUCCUAUUUUGCCAGACUUUUGUGAUGAAACAGUGUUCCCAUAGGAUAGAAAUGAAAAUUAGAAGAUUAGACCAUGAUGUCACAGAUUUUCUGGUGACUGACACAGGAUUUGGCUUGUCCUAAAGUUGAAAAUGUAUUUGGCACUUCCUGUUCCCCGAAUGACAAAUGGUCCUAUUUUGCCAGACUUUUGGGAUGAAACAGUGUUCCCAUGGGAUGGGAAUGAAAAUCAGAAGAUUAGACCACAAAGGCAUAGAUUUUCCAGUACUGACUCAGGAUUUGGAUUGUCCUAAAGUUGAAAAUGUAUUUCCUACCUAUUUUAUUAGUAGAGGAUUGGUGAAUGUGGAAGGAAUGACAAAAAUCCAAUUAAGGGUGUGAUUAUUUAGCAAACUGUCAUGACAAUUUUAAGGUACAAGUUUGUUUUUAAUGUAAAGAGAUUUCAGUAAAGUUGUUUGAUAUCCAUGAGUGAUAUUACCUUGAUUGUAUUGAGUUCCUUACAUCAUGUGAGCUUUUUAAUAAAGAAAAUCUUGGAA